AUGUUUGUCGGACCCUUUGACGGCCGCAAGAAGAAGUCUCGCUGCCAAGCAUGUUCGACCAGCCAUCUCAAGUGUUCUGGCCAGAUGCCUUGCAGUCAUUGCGAACGUCGGCGCAUUGCUUGCAUAUUUCCAUCUACCCAAAAAGACAAUUCACGAAUUAUUCUGGUUGAUAGAGGGAAGCAAAAGACUCCUGCAACCUUCAAGUCACCUAAUCGAGAAAGGCGGAAGCAGUCACCCUCGACAAGUUCAGCAUCCGCUGUUUCUCCACCGUCGCGACUUUUAGACAACAAACUAUCGUUUCUUUACUAUUUUGACGUCUUUGUUGGCCGGAAUAAUUUUACUGGAAAGGAGCGUUCGUUGGUUGAUGAAGUUAAACAACUCUCCGGGCUUCACUCUGGCUCAUAUCUCAUGGAUGCUAUGGUAUCCCUCGGUGCGAUACAAGCAGUCAAGUUGAAUGCAUCAGAUGUUCCUUCGCGGAACGAAUGUUUGGCGACUGCGCUAGAAUACUACUCGAAAUCCAUCAUAGGGUUGCGCGACUCCAUUAAUAGUCCGAGGAAAGGCGACGAUAACCUGCAUAACACAGUACUGUGGACGACACUCUUCCUUGGCCUAUUCGAGUUGAUCAAUGACGAAACUGGUGAUGGAUGGCAGCAGCAUAUGACCCAUGGCACGGCCAAAGCCCUGGAAGCCAGCGGCCCGGUAAAGUGUCGAGCCGGCCCGAGUCGAAAGUUCUUUGUCCAAGCACGCAUUUUCGAAGUGUCGCGUACUAUCUUGGGGAAUGAAUCAACGUUUCUCACGCAGCCUGAAUGGAUGGACCUUUCCAGGCGGAUGUGGACUGGAGAGCACGGAGAUGAGUGGCAUCCCUUGGACUCUUUGCUCGAUAUCAUGGUCAUGGUAUCCAAUUUGCGGGUUAGAACGGCCAAAUUUAUUGAAAUACAAGAAAAAAGCCCCGACAAGGAACCCACUCCGGAAGCUCAGUCCAUAUGCUCCGACGCAGUUACUUUGCGAGAAGCUCUAAGUAGCUGGUAUUCAUCGUAUGCGCAGCCCGCAGCUAAAUCAGCUACUCACAUACCGGAUGAGGAAGAUGCCAGCUUGCUACUCUCGAGGAUAUUCUUCGCCGCCAUUAGCAUCUAUCUGUCUGGAAUAUUCGAUUAUGAAAUAUCCCAUUGGCAUCCCCUUGGUCUCAUACCGCCCACGCUGGAUGAGAAAACUGUCCAAACGCAUACAAACACAAUACUUGGGCUCUCUACCUUGGCUCUCGAUACGACUAACCUCUCGCCGUUACUGUUCUUGUUUCCGUUAACGAUAGCUGGAGCCAGAUCCAGAACGCAAUGGCAGCGAGAUUGGAUAGCCAAGCUACUAUCGAGGAUCGGCAUUGGGUUUGCUGUGGCGACUGCCAUUGCAACGGAGCUGAGCUAUGUUUGGGAAAUAUUUGGCCUCGAGCCUGAUGGAGACGAGAAUGCGCUGGAGGUGUUUGGAGAGAUGUAUGGAGCACCCAUGGCGCCUCUGAUUCCCGUUGCGACGACAGAAUAUAUCCAAGCCGGAGAUUUUGAUCUUGCAAUUAAUGGCCUGGACCUGGAGCCUAGAUGA